AUGCCUGUAAAAUCUCAACAACAAACUCCACCUGAGAAUAGUGGAGUUCGAGGUCGAACACAAACGAUAAAAACAAUAGCAACAAAAGUAGCUAGUUUUACAUCGAAACGAGCCAGUGCUGGUGCUAUUCGUAGUGGUCGAUCAAGAACAAGUGUUGCUGAUUCAAAAAGAAGUCAUCAAUCCACACCAGUAAAAACCGAAAGAACUCCAGAAGAAUUAAUUUAUUUAAGACGACACAAAAUAAUAUCAGAAGUUAAUGAUAAAAAUAUUGAUGAAGUAUUAAAUUUAUCAGAUUUCUCACAUAUACCAAAAUCAUUUCUUACAGAAAUUGAACAAGAUGAUAUUUAUGCAACAAUUCUUGAAGAACUUCAAAAGAAAAAAUCAAUUCUUAAUGCAUCAAAAAAUAUUUCUGAACAACAAGAUGAAGAAGAACCAAUUUCACCAGAUUUUAUGGCAGUCGAUGAUGAAAAUAAAAAUAUAUCUGAUGAAAUUUCAUAUCCAAUAUCAGAUGAACAUAAUACAAAAAUAUCUAAUGAUGGUUAUGAUACAGAUAUUGAAAUAGAAUCUCCUGUAAAACAAAAAACUCCUAUUUCCGGUAAAGACAAAUAUCGUAAAUUAUGUGAAAAAGGCAAACUUGUUCCAUGUUCAUAUUUUAUGGCACAUAUAAAUAAAGAUGAAAUGGUUUUACGUUAUCAUCAAUUUAGUACCGAUGAUAUCCGAGCAAUUACAAAAACACUUACUACAAAUUAUAAUGUCGAACGUUUAUUCUUAGAUGGAAAUUAUUUACAAGAACAAGCAGCACAACAUAUUGCAAAAUUAAUUAUAUCAAAUGAUUUUAUUACUGAAUUAUCUCUUGUUGAUAAUCGACUUGGUGGUGGUGAAGGUACAAAAGAAAUAUGUAGAAUGCUUACAUUAAAUCAAAAUUUAAAAAAAAUUAAUUUAUCAGGAAAUAAAUUUAAUGAAUUGGAUGUUGCACAAUUAAUUGAAGCAUUUGAAAGAAAUACAACACUUCGUGAACUUGAUUUAAGUCAUAAUUGUUUUGGUGAAAAAUGUGGUGAAAUGCUUGGUGCAUUUAUCAGUGGUAACGAUUCAUUAGAAUAUAUUAAUUUAGGUUGGAAUAAUUUUCGUGAACAAAGUGCUAUAGAUAUGAUAGGUGGAAUUACAGAAAAUACGAGAUUGAGACGUUGUAAUUUAGAAAUGAAUGGUUUUGGACCUAGUGGUGGACAAAUUUUGGCUGAAUGUAUUAAGAAAAAUACUGUAUUAGAAGAACUUAAUAUUAAUGGAAAUCGACUUAAUACACAAAAUGCUUUUGCUAUUGGUCAAGCAUUAUCAGUGAAUGAUACACUUCAAGUUCUCAAAAUUGCUGAUAAUCAAAUUAAUUCCGAUGGUGCACUUGCUGUUUUCUUAUGUAUUAAAGCAAAUGAAACAAAUAGAUUACGAGAAAUUGAUUUUUCACAUACGGUUGUUACUCAAGAAACAGUAAAUAUCUGUGAAGAUAUUAAGAAAUUAAAAAAUGGGAAUUUUAAAUACCAAGUUGGAAAAGUAACACCAGAACUAUUAAAAUCAAAUGCUGAUACAAUAUGUUAUAUUAAAACUAAUACAGAUCUACUUAAAAAACUACGAACAAAUGCAGCUAAAGUGAAACCAAACGAAAAUUAA